GUGCAAAAGAGCGAGAGCCAGCAAGCAGUUACAUGUCGCUGCUAAGAGCGCAAGGAGUAGCUAUAGUGCAUAGUUAUUGCAGUUAAUUCUGAAAAGAGCAGACUGAAAAUCAACACAAGAUAGCAGCUGUGGAUAAAGAAUUAAACGUCAUUUUAGGAACCGUAACUAAAACCCAUUACCGCAUCGCAAGUCAGCUUUUUGUGGAGACUGGUCCACAACUUUCAACCCGUCCUGAAAUCUGCGAUUUCCACUGUUGUGGCUUCAGGCUUGUCAUAAGCGCCUUUGUCAUGGAAUGUUGAUUUUCGCUUCUUUGGAAUUUACUGCGAGAUACCGAUUGGGAAUUACAACGACUGAACAGGCGACAUACGGAAGGCAUUUACCAUUUCGAGUUAAUUUUAAUGCUUCGUGAAUUAUUCUUCUGUGUUUGGUCUGCGUCAUAUAAAACUGAAUUAUUUUUUCCUUACAGUUCACUUGUACUUUAAGCGCUAGCAUAUUAUCUUUGUGAUUUACAAAACUUAAGAUCCGAAGUUUUCAAAUUCAGGACGCAAGGAUUAUUGAGAGAAUGAGGAGUCUCUGGGUGAAGCAUGAGGUGUCGGUGCAUUGUUUUUAGACUGGCGUGUCUAAUGCUUCUAUGGGAGUGUAUAACACUAAGUCUUCACUGCUGGGUUUUGGCCACCGCAGCGGGUUCCAGUGAUGUCGCUGGUCCCCUCGGCUGGCUCCUUUCUGAUAAAGGGCCUUUUCACCACUCCGCGGAAUUUACAGAGUUCGUUGAGCGCUACCAACAGGGAUUUACCACCAAGUACAAGAUUUACAGAGAGUUCGGUCGCUGGAAGAUCAACAGCCUGGCCCUGGAGAGGCAGGACAGCAAUGGCCUCGCUUUUCCCCUCGAUCCCGAGUUCAUGCAGAGCAUCAGACACCUGGGGCGUAGGCCCAACCUCCGCAGGAUCACGGAGAACAUCAUCAAGAAAUACGGCACCCACUUCCUGCUGUCCGCCACACUGGGAGGUGAGGAGUCCCUAACCAUCUUUGUGGAUAAGAGAAAGCUGAGCAGGAGAGCGGAGGGUGGAGAAUGGAACAGCACGGCUGUUACACUGGAGACGCUCCACCAGUUAGCUGCUUCCUACUUCAUCGACAGAGAGAGCACGCUCCGCAAGCUUCACCACCUCCAGAUCGCCUCCACUGCCAUCAAGGUGACCGAAACAAGGACAGGCCCUCUCGGAUGCAGUAACUAUGACAACCUGGACUCUGUCAGCUCUGUUCUAGUUCAGAGUCCUGAAAACAAGAUUCAAUUACAAGGACUACAGGUAAUUCUUCCAGACUACCUGAGGAGUCGUUUUGUGCAAGCUGCCCUCAGCUACAUUGGCUGCAACUCCGAGGGGGACUUUGUGUGUAGGAAUAAUGACUGCUGGUGUCAGUGCGAUUCCGGGUUCCCUCAGUGCAACUGCCCGGAAGUGGACCUACACGCCAUGGAGAACAACCUCCAGCACAUCAAAGAGGCCUGGACGCUCGCCAACCAGGAGUUUGAGGAAUCAGAGGAGUUCCAGAUCUUCGUGGGCAGGCUGCCAACAUUCUAUGCUUUGAACACGUCUGCCGUGCAGUACUUCUGGAAGACAGACCCUGGGGUGCAGCGGAGAUACCGACAGCUUGAGACCAGCACCAGCCUGCUGGCGGCCAAAGCCCGCAGAAUCGUUAACAAGCUCUUCACCCUGAGCAAGAGAUGCAACACGCAGCCCAAAAUAGUUGUGCAGAAGGAGAGGACUUUCAACUACUGGCUGAAUUACGUCUUGUCGAUACUGUACUGCAGCGAGAACAACCACAUCGGAGUCUACACGGAGGAGACGCGGGGCUGUUUCUGUCCCUACGAGCACCUAAGCUGCCAGGGGGCCAUCCCCUGCACGGUGGGGGACGGGCCCUACUGCGCCUCCUGCUCCCCGGAGAACCGCUCGCGGUGCGCCGACUGCAACCUGGGCUACAUGCUGAGCCAGGGCACCUGCCGCCACGCCGUGCCCGACUCCACCGACCACUACAUCGGCUUCGAGACAGACCUGCAGGACCUGGAGAUGCGCUACCUCCUCCAGAACCGCGACAGCCGCAUCGUGGUGCACGCCAUCUUCAUCAGCAACGACAUGCGGCUCAACACCUGGUUCGACCCCUCCUGGAGGAAGAGGAUGCUCCUCACGCUGAAGAGCAACAAGUACAAGUCCAACCACGUCCACAUGCUGCUGGGGAUGUCCCUCCAGAUCUGCCUGACCAAGAACAGCACUCUGGAGCCUGUGCUGUCCGUCUACAUCAACCCCUUCGGAGGAAGCCACUCAGAGAGCUGGGUGAUGCCCAUCAGUCAGAACAGUUACCCCGAUUGGGAGAGGACUAAGCUGGACAUCCCCCUGGACUGUUACAACUGGACGUUGACUCUAGGGAACAAGUGGAAGAGCUUUUUCGAGACCGUCCACUUCUACCUGAGGAGCCGGAUCAAGACUACCUCGGCGAACGGCAACAGCACCGUCUACCUGGAGCCGCUAGAGCUAGCCGAGCCCGCCCAGAACCUGGGCUACAUGAAGAUCAACAGUAUGCAGUUGUUCGGCUACAGCAUGCACUUUGACCCGGAAGCAAUCCAGGACUUGAUUCUGCAGCUGGACUACCCAUAUACUCAGGGAUCACAGGACUCAGCCCUGCUGCAACUGGUGGAGAUCCGGGACCGUGUAAACCGUCUUUCCCCGCCCGGGCCCCAGCCCCUCGAUUUCUUCUCCUGCCUGCUUCGACACCGGCUCAAGCUGUCCGCCACCGAGGUGGUACGCAUACUAGCAGCCUUGCAGGCCUUCAGUGCCAAACAACCAAACUCUAUAGAGUACGAAACAACCAAACUCUGUAGUUAAUCUGUGGGUAUGGACGAGCGAAGCAAGAAUGACGUAUUUUGACAAAAGUGAUCAGUAUUCUGUGUUAUAGAGGUCAUGAAAUAGUAGGUGGAGAUUGUAUAAAUGUAAAAAUCUAUAAUUUAUAAUAUUGUUUUCUGGAGAAAAAAGGUCAGUUCAGCUGAAUAGAAAUGGAAAAUUACACCCUAAUGCAUUGUCCUCACUGGCUGGUUGGUGAAGUGCUUUGAAAGAGCAAUCAAGUUCUUUCCUUGAAAUGUCUCUUAUUUUAGAAAAACCUCUUGGUGCUUUUUAAGUGAUUAUACAUUUAACAAGCCUGAUUACACUUUAGAGAUAUGCGAGAGAGGCUGUGCCAUAGGUGUGUUCCCUCCGUAUUUCAGUGGAAAGGUUUCAGUAGAUUUUGCGGACUAUUAAUGUACUAAUCUCAUAUUAAUUUCAAGAGUGUUGAAGUACCAAAGAGGGCCCGCUGGUUUUGCCUCCAUGUGACACUGAGAAGGGGCGGCUCAUUAGAAAACGUUGAUUCAAACAUUGAAUCAUUUACGGGCAUGAGACAUUCUACUGGAUAAUACUGGAUUUCACCCGGAGAUUCACUGCAGUCCCAUUCGAUUUCGAUGGCUUGUGUGAUCCACACAUGGAACAUGAAAUGAUUGGUCCAGACGGAGGUUUUGGAAUGCAGUAUUUCUGAUUACUUUUUUGUUACAGCCUCAGUCAUCUAGCAUGCCGCUUCUUGUCCCCCCCAUCUUGUAAGUACAACAGAUUCUACUGUAGUUUUGCUAGUUGUGGGUAAUCAAAAACCUUACAUGUCUCUGGGGGAGAUUCAGCCCUGUACUGUUCCAUCUAUGUUUUUACUAAAUGGAAUUUCGUAUUUACAAAAAAAUAUCUAUAUUACCAGUACUUGUUUUUUUUUUCCGUUGUUGUUUGUUAUUGUUUUUUUUUUACAAAUAUUUGUAAACAGAUCAUUUAAAGAGUAUUAGUGGUGUAAAAAGGGAAAAUCUUGUAGUUUUCGGCAAAUAAUGUUCAUGUAUGUUAUAUAUUUGCUGUAGCCCUUUUUAAUACAGAUUAUUUGUGUAAAGUUAAGAAAGGUAUCCAUACAAAAUUAAAUCACAUAAUAAAAUUUAAUACACAAUAGAAGGGUUGUGAAUAUUUGGAAGAUCACAGUCAUUGUAUUUUAAUUGUCCAAGUACUCAUUGUCUAUUUUUGCCACCGACAGUAUUUAGAUAUUGUAACUAUUUCCAGGUCAUAUUUUUAUAUUGCUUUUCUUUUGUUUAAAAAUAUAUAGCUUUUGUGUUACAUUGUAUGAUGAUGCAAAACAUACAACUUUUAAAAAUGGCAACAAGCUGCACAAGAAAAGUAGUUUUUCAUUUUCGAAUCGACAAGCACUAGCACUGUAAAUAUAUAUUUCAUUUAGACUCACCUAUUACAGUAUACAUUCACUGAGCACUCUAUUAGGCUCAUUUUUUUUGACUUAUUGGUGUUCUGCUGCUGUAUCCUAUCCUUAGAGGUCUGAGGUGUUGGGCGAUCAGAGAUGCUCUUCUGCAUACCACUGUUGUAAUGUGUGGUUAUUUGCAGUAUUGUCACCUUCCUCUGAGCUUUCACCGUUCUGGCCAUUCUCCUCUGACGUGUCUUAUUAACAAUGCGUUUCUGCCUGCAGAAGUGCUGCUCACUGGAUGUUUUUUUUGCUUUUAUGCACCAUUCCCUGCAAACUCUAGAGACUGUUGUGUGUGAAAACCCCAGGAGACCAGUAGUUUCUGAGAUGCUCAAACCACCCUCGCAGCAAUUAUCAUUCCACGAUCAAAGCCACUUAGAUCACAUUUCUUCCCCAUUCGGACAUUUUGUCUGAAAAACAGCUGAACUUCUUGACCAUGUCUGCAUGCUUUUAUGCAUUUAGUUGCUGCCACAUGAUUGGCUGAUUAAAUAUUUGCAUUUACAAGCUGGUCUACAGGUCUACCUGAUAAAGUGCUCACUGAGUGUAUAUUAUGUUAUAACAUUGUGUCAUUAUUCAUUUCAUUACAAAAUGAAAUGUAUGAAAAAGAAGGCCCAACCAAAUGCAAAAUGUGUCCUUGAGGGGAAUAGUUGACAUGAAUAUAUUCAAUUCCUCUGUGUAAAAGGAGAAAUGUGCCUGAAAACAUAAUAUAUAGACAAAAAAUAAACUUGCGCAAACCUAGAUUAAAUCAAA